GUCGCCUUGCGUGAAAUCAGAAGAUACCAAAAGUCGACCGAAUUGCUUAUCAGAAAAUUACCAUUCCAACGUUUGGUUCGUGAAAUUGCGCAAGACUUCAAGACCGACUUGCGUUUCCAGAGUGCAGCUAUUGGUGCUCUCCAGGAGGCAUCCGAGGCUUACCUCGUCGGCCUCUUCGAGGACACGAACUUGUGCGCUAUUCAUGCCAAGAGAGUAACUAUUAUGCCCAAGGAUAUCCAACUGGCUCGGCGAAUUCGUGGCGAGCGUGCUUAA